AUGAAGGUUGCUGCUGUCAAAACAGCCAAGCCAAUUAAGAAGGCUGUAGCUGCUGCUGUCCCUACACAAAAGUUAAAAAAGCCUGUUGUCCAGCAACCCUCCGAUAGUGAAGAUGAGAGUGAUGAUGACUCUGUAGACCAGAGUGAAGAAGAAGAAGAAGAAGAAGAAGAAGAAGAAGAAGAAGAAGAAGAAGAAAAAGAAAAAGAAAAAGACAACAGCAGUAGCGAUAACGACAAUAAGAGUGUUGAUGAAGGUCAAGAAGAUAAUGGAAAUAAUGAUGAAGAAACCGAGAAAUCUAAGGAGAAUGUCACUUUUAAGGACCUGGGUCUGAUGCAACCUUUGGUGGAUGCCUGCGAGCAACUCAAGUUUAAAGCACCAACAGAGAUUCAGAGAGAGUCCAUUCCUUGGUCCUUGCAGGGUCGUGAUAUCAUUGGUCUCGCUCAGACAGGAUCAGGAAAGACAGCUGCGUUCGCCCUUCCUAUCCUUCAAGCCCUUUGGAACAACCCUUCACCCAUGUUUGCUUGUGUCAUGGCUCCCACGAGAGAGUUGGCUGUCCAAAUCUCAGAGACAUUUGAAUCAUUAGGAUCAACCAUUGGAGUGCGCUGCUGUGUUAUUGUAGGAGGAAUGGAUAUGAUGGCUCAAUCAAUUGCUCUUUCCAAAAAGCCACACGUCAUUGUCUGUACACCCGGACGUCUUCAGGACCAUCUGGAGAACACAAAGGGCUUUAGUUUGAGAACAUUGAAAUAUUUGGUGUUGGAUGAGGCUGAUCGUCUGUUGGACAUGGAUUUUGGACCGAUCAUUGAUCAGAUCCUCAAAGUCAUUCCCAAGGAACGCAACACUUUCUUGUUUUCUGCCACCAUGACCACCAAGGUCGCUAAAUUACAAAGGGCCAGUUUGAAUAAUCCCGUCAAGAUCGAGGUUGCUACGAAAUAUUCAACAGUGUCCACGUUAUUACAAUAUUACCUGUUCUUCCCACUCAAGCAUAAGGAUUCAUAUCUAGUCUAUCUCUUGAACGAACUGGCGGGUAACUCGACCAUUGUGUUUUCAAGGACCUGUAACGAUACCCAACGCAUCACAUUAUUGCUUCGAAACCUGGGCUUCCCAGCGAUCCCGCUGCAUGGACAGCUCAGUCAGGAAAAGCGUUUAGGAGCAUUGAACAAGUUCAAGGCAGGGAACAGGAACAUUUUGAUUGCAACGGAUGUGGCUAGCAGAGGAUUGGAUAUUCCAUCGGUCGAUAUUGUUCUCAACUAUGAUUUGCCCAAUAACUCCAAGGAUUAUAUUCAUCGAGUGGGUCGAACGGCCCGUGCAGGUCGAUCGGGUAAAUCGAUUACGUUUGUGACUCAAUAUGAUGUGGAGGUUUACCAGAGGAUUGAACAAGCCCUGGGCAAGAAGCUGGAGGAGUUCCCGACAGAUAAGGAUGCAGUGAUGCUAUUACAGGAACGUGUGGCGGAAGCACAACGGUUCGCGAUCACCGAAUUGAAGGAACAACAUGCUAAUCGGGGUAAAGGAGGUCGUGGUGGAAACAAGCGCCUUUUCAAUGCAGAUGAUAAUGAUCGGGAUGAUGAUUCUGUUCAGGCUGGUAGCUAUAAGAGCAAGAGUGGUGCUGCACGAGGAAAUAAGGGCAAGAAGAUGCGCAAGUGA